AUGCGAAUUGUAGAGGAACAACGAACAAAGCAACAAAAUACUACCACAAGUUUGAUACUAACAACUGCAAGGGGUGGUACGAAGAACAUGCCUAGCCAAACAACCAACAAAGCAAGACCGAUUGAGUUUCUUCGUGAUCAUUUGAAGACCAACUCAGUGGUUAACAUCAAAGCUGAUUCUUGGAUUUUUCAAGUUAGGCCAUAUCAUUUUUCGGUUACAUGUGAAGAUUAUUUUCGCUUGUUGAGAAAACAAACAGAUAUUUCCAUUAUAACAACUUGGCAGAUUAAGCAUUGGGUUCUCUUGGUGAUGAUCUAUCACUGCAAUCGUUUUGUGUACGUUUUGGAUUCUCUUAAGAAGCCUGUAGAAAAGCUCGGCACUUACUGCUUGCUCAAAAAGCAUGUGUACAUGGAUUUCACGAGAUAUGAAAAAGACAUAUCAACUUCAAUUGGAUGGAUUCUCACUGAGAACUAGGUGUUUUAGAGAGUGGACAUUACUUAAUGAGAUGGAUGUGUGACUUUGUCUUGACCAAACAAUAUGGAUUUUCAAAUAAAUCUGAUAUUCUUUGGAAUGAUGACACUCAUGAGAAAAAGAUGUUGGUUUCGAUCGUAGCUAUGUGGGUCAGGGAAUUUUUGAAUCAUUAUAUAAAUGACAUGGUCCUUUAAAAAACAUAUAUGG